AUGAAUUGUGGAUGGAGAUUGCAUGCAGGAAGGUUGCCAGAUGGGAUUACUUGGGCCAUCAAGUCCAUUCAAAAUGCUGAACACAAUUGUGUGAGACUGGAAACUAACAAUCCGAUGGUGAAUGUCAAAUGGGCUGCAAGAGUACUCAUGGAGGAUAUUAGAGCUAACAAUGAUGUUCCAGCUAAGGCAUUGAAUCAGCUUCUCUUUUCCAGAGAUUUGGGGUCCAAAUGGCACAGAGUACUUUGUACAGAGUUAGAAAACAUGCUCUGUUGGAGAUACAUGGGGGUUAUGAUGUGUCCUAUAGCUAUUCCUACAUACUGUGAGGUUCUAAAGAAUUUAAACCCAGGUUCUGUGGCCAAUUAUGCAUGGAACCUGCCAUCACAUCCAGAGAGACCCUUAGGAUUUUCUUCUAUUUUCAUAGCUUUCAAGGAAGUUGUUGAUUGGGUGUUUACUGGUUGUAGGAGCUUAGUGGGUGUGAAUGGAGCUCACUUGAAGGCUAAUUAUGGGGGAGUUCUUCUAUCUGCAGUUGCAUUAGAUGCAAACAACGAAAUUGUCCCAUUUGCAUGGGGUAUUGUAGCUGGUGAAGAUGAAGAAGCAUGGAAUUUUUUUUUAUGGCAUCUUAAAAAUGUACUGAAGGAUGGAGGAAGAGGAGAUGAGUGGUGCAUCAUCUCAGACAGGCAGAAGGGCAUUCAAAAUGUCAUAGCUGAUUUGUGGCCUAAGGUAGACAGAAGGUAUUGCUGCAAACAUUUGAGCAAGAAUUUCAAAAGGAAGUUUCCUGGACCUUUGAUACCGAGCUCAUUCUGGAAAGCUUGUGAUGCAUAUUCUUUCUUUACCUUUGAGAAGGCAAUGAAGCAGUUGCACAAAGCAAAUCCUUUGUCCUUGGUGUGGCUUUCUAAAAUUGAAGAGCAGUCUACAUGGUCCAAACAUGCUUUCCAACCAAGAGUGAAAAGUGAUGUGAAUAAGUGCAAUUUUGUUGAGAGCUUCAAUGCCACUCUAGGUAUUGACAGAUGUAGGUCUGUGCUUACAUUGCUUGAAGGUGUGAGAAGAGUGACAAUGGUGAGAAUGGCCACCAGGAGGCAAGUCUGUGAACAUUGGGAUAGGGAUGACAUAUGCCCUAAUAUCAUCAACAGACUUCAAGUGUUGAGCAGUGACUCAAGGACAUGCAUUCCAUAUCUAAGUGGUGAUGGAGAGUAUGAGGUUGUGGAUGAUAAGUCAAUGUUGCCCGCCAUUCCAGAUAGGGAGCAGUGGCCAGAGAGUUCAUUACCUGCUAUUGAACCACCAGCAUUCAAGAGAGGAGUUGGAAGGCCUCCUAAAAACAGGAGGAGAGAAGAGGAAGAGCAGAGAAAAUGUAAGAGAUCUAACACAGUAAAAUGUGGCAUUUGCAAAGAGUUUGGCCACAAUUCACAAACCUGCAAAGGAGGACUCACUUCCAAAGAACAUGGAAAAAAGAUGAAGAAGAAGGGGGGUUCUAGUCAACCUUAG